ACUGAUUUUACCUCUAAAAAAUCCCGCCUUGAGCACUAGCAAACCUCAGUAAAUAAAGCGAGAUCUUUUAUCUGAGGUCCAAGCUUCUAGGGCCUUAGCCCGAGCGUCUGAAGAAAGCGCAGGAGGAGAGGGCGGAGAGCGUGGGAUCAUAGACGCGAGACCCGACCGACCUGCAGACGAUCCUCUGCACGUAAACAAACCGAGGAGGAACGAAGAGGCCGAGACAUCCUAGGCUUACGGACCUGCCUAGGCCUACGUGCCAGCCCUCAGAUUCUUGAAUGUUUAUAAAUCACCUGAAAAAAGUCCAAUGUAACAGAAGUGUGAGUAAUGCAGAUUCUCUAAACUGUAAGAAAGGUUGGAUGAUCCGGGGAUGGCUUUGAUCUUCAGCUUAGUGAUAAUUUUGGCCGUCAGCUCCUUCUCAGAUUCAAAAAAUGUGGCUUUGGACACAUCCUCCUUGUCAAAGGCCCACCCUCCAGAUGUCAAAGAAGUCACUCAGGAUGAACCCUCCACUACCCUUUUUACCAACAUCACAGACACUUCUGCAGCUGUAAACACAUCCCAGAAUCCAGCCACUUCCUCUGCAGUUGUCAGUGCAACAUCUACCAGUGAUGGCACUUCUGUAACAUCCAUCGCUCCUUCAUCACCAAAUGCAACAGACUCAACUACAUCUGCAACCACAAAGAUGUCAACAGCUCAGCCAACUUCCUCACCAUCAACCACCUCUCAGGCCCCCCAAACCACAUCCACCCCAACAAAACCAACAAGUCCGACCACGCCUGCCACCAAGACGACAUCUGCAUUAACGACCUCAGUCAUUUCUUCGUCGUCCCCUGAUGUGACGUCUACGCCAUUGAAGUCCACAACAGGGAUUCCCCCAACACCUAUCACGACCACCACUCAGCCCAGCACCACUACAGUGCCUCCUGAACCCCCCCACCCAGGGCUAUCGGUUGCUCUGUCCCUCUUCAUCUUACUAGCUGUGAUAUUAAUUAUUGGUGCAGGCGUUUGGUGGAUCCGACGAAGGCGGCAAUUAGAAAGGCUCCGUCAUCAGCUGAUGCCAAUGUAUAACUUUGACCCAACUGACGAUGCAGAUGAUUGGGAGAAUCAGUUGUUGGAGGAGGAACGCUCCCUGCGCCCAGAAGCUGAAAAGAAAUGGUGGGAGGGAAAUUCAUCAGAACUGGUCCAGCCGCAAGUUCAGAUGUACUCUGGAAAUUCAACCUUUGACACCAGUCAAAAAGCUCCAGCAGGUGCAACACAGAAAGACUGACACUGUUAAUUACAAGAAAAUACUUGUAUAUGUUUUGUAUCUCAAGAUGAUAAUCCCAUAAGUGAUGUGCCAGAAGCUGCUGGAGGUCUAACAUCAGAGCUGGAGCCAAGACGCUGUCCAAUGGCUGCAGCGGAACCUCUCGAGAGACAAGUGGCUCACCGUCUGCAUUCCCUUGAUUGAAAUUAACGUCUAGUCCAUAUAUGUUGUGAUAUUUUUAGGGCAGCUAUGUGCCUGUCAUCUUUCUUCCAAUUUGAUUUUUUUUUUUUUUUUUUUUUUUUUUUUUUUUUUUCUUUUGUUUUCAUUGUUCUAUCCGAAGAGGUUGAUAUGUAUCCUGAAGGUGUUAUUUGUGUGCUUAUGUUUGGAGCUAAGCUAGGCUCCCCAUUUGAGUUUGUGUUUUUAUUUCAUGAAAGGUUACAAAAUGGUGUACUCCACUUUUAGUGUUUUGAUUUACUAAAUAUUACAUAAAACACACACACACACACACACACACACACACACACACACACACACACACACACACAC